CAUAGUGCACCACUGGCGUCAUCACUGUAGGAGCUGAGGUCAUUACGGUAGUAACACCACACUCAUGACGUAAUAAAAUAGUCCAUCCGCCGGCGUGUUGUUAGGUUAACGACUACUAUGGGGGCACAGUUUUCUGAGGUAAAAAGGAAGGACGUUAUAUUUCCUGGCGCUUCUCACCAAACGGUGUUGUUAGAGAGGGCGACUGCUAGGUGGCGCAGUUCUCCUGAGAUGAAGUAAAAACAAGGAGGACGGCACUUUAAAGCAGACGCGGAGAAAAUGGCGGCUCUUCGGUACCAUGCGGUUCCCGGGGGCGGAGAGAGCAGCGAUAGUGGUGACGAAUGGGACAUUGGCGACCAUCGGGAGCUCAGCCAGAGACUGAAUUCGGAGUCAAUUACUGAAAGCAGUGAAGAUUCUCUGAAGAACGCUCUCACUGCAGGAAAUGUGAAGUUAGUUGAAGAUCUCUUAGAUUCAGGAAUAAAUGUUGAGUGUUGUUUCCGGUUUGGCUGGACUCCUUUGAUGUAUGGUGCUAGUAUUGGAAAUUUGGAAAUGGUACGUGUUCUUUUGGAUAGAGGCGCCAAUGCAAAUUUUGAAAGAGAUACGUUUACUGUACUUAUGUCUGCAUGUACUGCUCAUGCAUCUGAGGAAAAUAUUGUCAAAUGUGUGGAACUGCUCCUUUCCAGAAAUGUUGACCCAAAUGUAUGCUGCAGGAAGAAAAUGACUGCAGUUAUGCUCGCUGCAAGUAAAGGCCACACCCAAGUUGUUACACUACUGGUUGCCCAUGGUGCUGAUAUAAAUGCACAAGAUGAAAGUGGUUUUACAGGAUUGACAUGGGCUGCCCAUAGUGGACAUAAAAGCACAGUGUUAAAGAUGCUGGAACUGGGUGCUGACAUGAUGCUAUCAACAAAAACUGGGAGUAUAGCUGCUGAUAUAGCUAGACAAAAUAACCAUUUAGAGAUUUUUAGCAUCCUAACAUUUUCUGGAAAUCAAAAUAAUGGAAAAUUCAACUUGUCUAAAGAGGAGGCAAUGUAUAAAUACCUGAGAGAACAACCUGAGGCCUCGACAAACUAUAGUUGCUCACCCUCAAGUGAUCUAGAAGUAUUUUUGCAUGGCUUGGGCUUGGAACACCUGGCAAGAUUAUUUAAGGAAAAUGAUUUAACUUUGAGACAACUUUUAUGUUUGGAAGAAAGUGAGUUUCAAAAGGCAGGAGUUACAGAUGAAGACUGUAAGAAAAUUAUGGCAGCAAUGAAAGAAAUUCAUGUUGAAGAGACAAAGCUUGAAAAGUUGCCAUCCUUUUCAGAAUUGGAAUCAAGUGAUGAGCUGUUUGCGUUUCUUCUAAAGCUGAAUCGACAGUGUAAUGCUAUAACUCAUGCAGUGGUAGCAGUAAGCGGUCAAAUACCUCUGAAUCCUCAAAAGGUAGUAUUGGAGUGGGAUUCUUCUCAGAAUUAUUCUGGUGUUUGUGAAGACAUUAUCAUGAGUGUUACAGACCUGAAUAAAGAAGUCUGCCGACUUCAAGAUCUUUUAAAAAAGUUUCAGUAUGGCCAGAAGAAUAGUCCUUGCCGUAUUUUGCCUUUGGAAGAACAACAAAGUUGGAGAUGGUGGAAAUCAAGAAGAAUUACUUUGAUGGCAAUAUUAGGAUACGGAUGUCCCAAUACCAGAGGAGGAAGUCACCAUGGAGUGACGGAACGCUUGGGGUCCCGGCUGUCCUUUCCUGCACCUGUACCUAGCUUCUCCUCCGUCUGUGGUUUGCCAUCAAUAUUACUUAUUGUGUUGCUUUUCUCAUGCACUUGGGUAUCUAUGUAUAUUAACUGUUUGUGUACUAGUAUUAUUUGAUAAUGGGCAACCUGGAGUAACAGCUUUAUAUUUUGUAAUCUUUGCAGGACAGGUUGGACAUGUUGUUGUGGUUUUGCUCAUCUUUUGAGC